AUGGGUUGGACAUACCACUACUCCAAUGUAACCAUGAACUGGGCUGCGGCCAGAAAGUGGUGCCAGGCCAAGUUUACAGAUAUGGUUGUGAUCCAAAAUCAGUUGGAGAAUGACUAUCUAGUCUCCCUGCUGCCCCAAAGAAACUCCAGUCCAUACUUCUGGAUCGGAAUCACAAGGACUUACGCAAACGAGACAUGGAGGUGGAUCGGGAAUAACAGUACUUGGAUGGGGAGUGAAUCAUGGGACGAAAAUGAACCCAACAAUGACCACAGUGCCGAGUUUUGCGUUGAAAUCUACACCAGCAGAGGGCGCAAAAGGGGCAAGUGGAACGACGAGAAGUGUAGUGUGCUGAAGUAUGCCACAUGCUAUAAAACUGAAUGUACAAACAUGACAUGUGACAGAGGAAGAUGCCAUGAGACCAUCAACAAAGUAACCUGCCUUUGUGAACCUGGUUUUGUGGGAGACAGGUGUGAAACAGUGUUACCGGCUGCAGCUGCGGACUGUCCCCCGGUGCCCGAUCCUGAUAACGAAGUGCUCAGCUGCUCCUCCACGAACCACACUUUCAACACCACGUGUCGCGUGACCUGCUCCUUUGGCCUCCUCACCAUCGCCUCCGCACACAUCACCUGUCAGACCAACGGGCUCUGGAGCGGGCCCAGACCUGCCUGUGCAAGUUAUAAGAAGGCGUUGUUGGCUGUAGCUGGGAGUGGAGCCAUCUCAAUCCUCUGCUGCAUAUGUUUUUGCUGGAUGCAACACAGGAAAAGAAAGAAAAUCAACCAAAUAAGCCAAGGUGUUGAGGAAGCAAACCCCUCCAGUGCAUUGUCAGGAUAAAAAAUGUACAUUUAAUUAAAAUCCCUGCAUUUCUACCUGUGCUAUGGGAUACCUCAUAUUUAUCAGUAUUAUAUUUUUUUCACUGUUGUAUUGGGUUCAGUGUCUGGUGGAAGCUGAUAUCUCAACUUGACUGUGUGAACUAUUUCUGAGUGCACUAGGUUCUUAUCAAUGUUUUCUAAGUGGUUAGCUUGUUUCUGUUGAGGACACCACCCUGCUGCUACUAUGUGCAUGUUGAUUUAUUGGUUGUUAUCAUGUUUCUUCACACGCUUUAAAUUCUCUGCGGGGAAAAAAAACAUCAUUCAUGUUUUGAGUGACCAUCUACUGUUGCUUCCUUUAAUUGUAAGGAUUAUGAUCCAAAAUGAGACCAUCAUUAUGUAAUGUUUAUAUACAAAAAGUAUAGUUUUCAUGCUACAGUAUGAUUGUCUGCUGAUGACAGAUGGUGUUUGUCUAAAUUCUGCUCUGGACAGUACUACAUCUGUGAUCUAAGGGUGAAAAAAAUAAGCGUUUAUGUGCUUGCAAAACAUAUAUUAUUUAAAUUUUUAGCCAAAGAAUGAUUUCUGCCUCUGUCUGCUCUGCUUCAGCUUUCCACUCAACAUAAAUAAGGUUUUCUUUUAUGUAAAGCUUGUGAAUGCCCCCUGCUGGACGUAGCCUAUAACUGUAAGCUAUAAAAAGACAGUUUGUGUUUUUUUUUUAUUUAUGACACUAAUUUGAAAAAUAUUUUAAUGUUUAAUGAAUGAAUGUAUAUUGAUUGCAUUUAACUGUCCAAU